AUGAGUGUCCCGCUAUCCCUGCGGUCGGCACUGGGACCGUGUCUCGCAGUUACCAGUGCACGCGCGGGGAAGUUCGUCUUGUCGACCCAGUCCGUCUCUCAAAUUCGCCGGUUUACUAUCCUCACCUCUUCGCAGAAGAGACGGUCGCUUCCUCAACUCCAACCCCAAUGGUCUCAUGUCUCAAAGAGAACUGCUACAACUGCUCCUCCUCCGACCUCGGAGCCCGUCUCGGCUACACCAUACUCUGCAUUGACUGUGGGUGUGCCUCGCGAAAUAGCUCCGAAUGAGCGCCGUGUGGCCAUUACACCACAAAAUGUUACCAUGCUCCUGAAGAAGGGCUUCUCGCGCGUGCUCAUCGAACGUGGAGCCGGCGAGGGCGCCCAAUUACUCGACCAUGUCUACGAAAAAGCCGGUGCGACAAUCGUCGACCGGGACACGAUCUAUUCCGAAAGUGACAUUGUCCUCAAAGUCCGAGGUCCACAAAUCGACGGGCCCUUCAAUGAGGUGCAGGCUCUUCGCAAAGGCUCCACGGUAAUCUCGUUCUUGUACCCGGCUCAGAAUAAAUCCGUCGUGGAUGCGCUCGCGGAGCGCGGUGUCACCGCGUUCGCGAUGGACCGGAUCCCGCGAAUUUCUCGUGCCCAGGUUUUCGACGCCCUUAGUUCGAUGGCCAAUAUUGCUGGAUACAAAGCUGUUCUAGAAGCAUCGAAUCAUUUUGGGCGCUUCUUGACUGGGCAGGUGACUGCUGCUGGAAAAAUUCCUCCGAGUAAAGUUCUCGUCAUCGGAGCGGGUGUGGCCGGUUUGAGUGCCAUAGCCUCGGCUCGGCGGAUGGGCGCCAUUGUUCGUGGCUUCGAUACUCGACCCGCUGUUCGUGAACAGGUUCAAUCUCUCGGUGCCGAAUUCAUCGAAGUCGAUUUUCAAGAAGAUGGAGCUGGGCAGGGCGGUUACGCCAAGGAGAUGUCCAAAGAGUUCAUCGAGGCCGAGAUGAAAUUGUUCAUGGAACAGGCUCGCGAGGUCGAUAUCAUUAUCACCACCGCUUUGAUUCCCGGAAAGCCUGCUCCGAAACUGAUUACCAAGGAAAUGGUCGCUGCGAUGAAACCCGGCUCGGUCAUUGUGGAUCUUGCGGCUGAAGCUGGUGGAAACUGUGAGGCGACUAUCCCCGGAGAGCUGGCUAGCUACAAGGAUGUCACGAUCAUUGGCUACACUGAUUUGCCCUCUCGCCUGCCCACUCAGUCCUCGACCUUGUAUUCGAAUAACAUUGUCAAGCUGCUGUUGUCUAUGACCCCCAAGGACAAGUCAUUUGGCAUUGAUUUCAAUGACGAAGUAGUCCGGGGGUCCAUCGUGACUCUUGAUGGUGAAGUCGUUCCUCCAGCUGCACCACCCGCUCCACCUCCAACUCCGAAGCCGGAAGCUCAAGUAGCUGCUAAGAAGGAAGAAGAGCUUGCUUUGACUCCUUGGCAGAAGGUUACUCGUGAUGUCACUUUGGUCACUGGUGCCAUGGGCACUACCCUCGCUCUCGGCAAGGCCACCGGCCCUAUCUUCAUGAGUAACAUGAUGACCUUUGGUCUGGCUGGUCUGGUUGGAUACCGUGCUGUCUGGGGUGUUGCUCCGGCUCUUCACUCACCUCUCAUGAGUGUCACCAAUGCAAUCUCGGGCAUGGUCGGUAUCGGCGGUCUUUUCAUCAUGGGUGGAGGCUUCACCCCCACCACUCUUCCAGAGUAUCUCGGUGCUGCUUCAGUUCUCUUGGCCUUUGUCAAUGUGUCUGGUGGCUUCGUGGUGACGAAGCGCAUGUUGGAUAUGUUCAAGCGGCCAACCGAUCCUCCCGAGUAUCCUUGGUUGUAUGCAAUCCCCGGUGUCUUGUUCGGUGGCGGUUUCCUCGCUGCUGCAAGCACGGGAAUGUCUGGUCUAGUUCAGGCAGGAUAUCUUGUUAGCACGAUCUUGUGUAUGAGCUCGAUCUCAGGUCUGGCCUCACAGCAAACUGCCCGACGUGGAAACAUCUUUGGUAUUUUGGGUGUUGUGUCUGGUAUUCUGGCUUCGCUGGCUGCAGUGGGCUUUGAUACUGAGACACUCACCCAGUUUGCUGUCGUGGCGGGUACUGGCGCACUCGUGGGAGGAUUGAUCGGUCGUCGCAUUACCCCUACUGGCCUUCCUCAGACCGUUGCCGCUCUCCACUCGGUGGUCGGUCUCGCAGCCGUCCUGACUAGCAUUGGUAGUGUCUUGGUUGACGUCGGCGACAUCUCGACCCUUCAUCUGGUGACCGCGUACAUGGGUGUCCUCAUCGGUGGCGUAACCUUUACCGGCUCCAUCGUCGCUUUCAUGAAGCUGGCUGGCCGUAUGUCUUCUAGUCCAUUGAUUUUGCCCGGUCGACAUGUCAUCAACUCGACGCUGCUGGGUAGCAACAUUGCAACCAUGGGAGCGUUUGUUACCAUGGCGCCCGGAAACCCAGGUAUCGCAGCGGCCUGUCUUGGUGCAAACACUGUUCUCAGUUUCCUCAAGGGUUAUACCACAACAUCUGCCAUCGGUGGCGCCGACAUGCCCGUCGUCAUCACCGUGCUGAAUGCUUACUCGGGCUUUGCACUCGUGGCCGAAGGAUUGAUGCUCAACAACCCGCUCCUCACCAGUGUCGGCUCCCUGAUCGGUGUCAGUGGUUCCAUUCUUUCGUAUAUCAUGUGUGUAGCCAUGAACCGGUCUCUCACAAACGUUCUCUUCGGUGGUCUUUCCGCGCCUGCUCAAACUCAGAAGAAGAUCGAGGGCGAAGUCACGCAGACUAGCAUCGAUGAUACUGUAGAGGCUCUCUCCAGCGCAGAGAGCGUCAUCAUCAUCGUUGGCUAUGGCAUGGCCGUUGCCAAGGCUCAAUAUGCUCUCGCCGAAAUCGUCUCCAUGCUCCGCGCCCGCGGUGUCAGCGUCCGCUUCGCGAUCCACCCCGUCGCCGGCCGUAUGCCCGGUCAGUGCAACGUUCUCUUGGCUGAGGCGUCAGUGCCGUAUGACAUCGUUCUGGAAAUGGACGAGAUCAACGACGACUUCGCCGACACGGACGUCACCCUCGUUAUCGGUGCCAACGACACCGUUAACCCCAUUGCAAUGGAACCCGACUCCGCCAUUUCUGGAAUGCCCGUUCUGCACGCGUGGAAGAGUAAGGAAGUGAUUGUCAUGAAGCGGGGCAUGUCAAGUGGAUACGCGGACGUACCAAACCCCAUGUUCUAUAUGCCCGGAACACGGAUGUUAUUCGGGGACGCGAAGACUUCUUGCGAUGCUAUCAAAGCCGCCCUGGAGGCGCGGAAGUAG